AUGUCAGAUACUUAUGAAUAUACAGAUUUAAAAGAACAACCCAAUAUUUUCCACAAACUGAAACGAAUAAAAUUAUUGAAAAGGAUACUUUCAUUUGGAGUUGUAAUUGGGAUAUUAUUAUGGGGAUCUUCAUUUUUACUAAUAACGAUUGAUAAUUUUAUACUGAAAUAUGGUUCAGCUCCAAGUCAACCUUUUUUAAGUCAAAGUCUACCACAACAACUUUCAGAGGUAUUUGUAAGUCCAAAUGAUAAACCACAUAAUUUUGGUGAUAAAAUUCCAUUAAAUAAAAAAAUAUAUGAUGAUCAUGUGUUGUACCCAAAAAUUCAUGAAAUUCAGUGGAUAAAAGAACCAUCUUCUAUAUACGAUGAUAAGGGAACUUAUGUAAUAAAAGAAGAAGAUAAAGAUAAAGGAUUUAAAGUUGUUAUUAAAUCAAUAGCUGAUGAGAAAUAUGAGCAUACUUUGAUUGAAAACUCGAAAUUUGAAUACAAAGAUAAUGAAUAUACUAUUGAAAAAUAUAUUGCAUCACCAAAUUUACAAAAAGUAUUAUUACAAACAGACAUUACAAGUAAUUGGAGAUAUUCCUCAUUAUCAUUAUAUUGGAUAUUGGAUGUUGAAAGUAAACAAAUAGAACCAGUUUUUAAUGAACUCGAAAAAAUAUCAACAGUUUCAUGGUCUCCCGACUCAUUAAACGUUGCAUUUAUAUAUAACAAUAAUAUUUUUCUUAAAAACUUAGAAAAUAAUGUAAUAACUCAAGUUACAAAAGAUGGAUCAGAACAAAUUUUCAAUGGUAAACCAGAUUGGGUAUAUGAAGAAGAAGUAUUUGGAACAGAUUUAGUAUUAUGGUGGUCACCAAAGGGAGAUAAAUUUACAUUUUUAAGAUCAAAUAAUACAGAAGUUCCUGAAUUUAUUAUACCUUUUUAUGCUCAAAAUGAAUUUAAAGAUUAUCCAGAAUUAGUUAAGAUUAAAUACCCUAAAGCUGGGUAUCCUAAUCCAAUAGUUGAUAUUUUAACUUAUGAUUUAACUAAAUCAAAAUUAAUAGCACAUGAUUUAAAAUCCGAUCAUAUUGAAAAUUCAGAUAGAUUAAUUACUGAAGUAGUUUGGGUAAAUGAUGAAAUUCUUGUCAAAACUUCAAAUAGAGCAAGUACAUUACUCGAGAUAUUCUUAAUUAGUGAUAAAAAAUCUAAACUAAUUAGAUCACUCAAAGCAAAAGAUACUUGGUUUGAAAUAACCUCACAUACUUUAUACAUCCCAAAAAACGAAACAGUUGGUCGUAAAAAUGAUGGAUAUAUAGAUACAGUAGUUGAAAAUGGGUUUAAUCAUUUAGCAUAUUUUUCACCACCUGAUAAUCCAGAAUAUAGACUAUUAACAAAGGGGAAUUGGGAAGUUGUUGGAGGAGUUGGUGCUUUUGAUUAUAAUACAAAUACAGUUUUUUUCACAAGUACUAUAAAAUCAUCAAUUGAAAGACAUAUACACUCAAUUAAUCUUUUAGAUACUACUAAUAAUGGAUUACCUUAUGUUAAAGAUUUGACUGCUAAAGAAGGUUAUUAUUCAUCAUCUUUUUCAAGUGGUGGGAGAUUUUUAUUUCUUUCUGAUUUAGGACCAAAUGUACCAACUCAAAGAAUCAAUGACCUAAAAUUGGGUAAAAAUGUUAAAACUAUUGAAGAUAAUUCUGAAUUUACUGAAAAAUUGAGAAAAUAUGUAAUACCAGAAAUCAAAUUUAGUACAGUAGAAUUAGAAGAUGAAAAUGGUGAAAAAUUUUUAGUUAAUGCUCAAGAAACAUUACCUUUAAAUUUCGAUAAAAAGAAAAAAUAUCCAGUAUUAUUUUUCAUUUAUGGAGGCCCAGGAUCUCAGCAAGUCACUAAACGAUGGGGUGUAAGUUUUAGUUCAUUAGUUGCUGCUGAAUUGAAUGCAAUUGUUGUAACAUUUGAUGGUAGAGGUACUGGUUUUAAUAAUUUAAAUUUUAAGCUUGGGUCCCAGUUCAAAUUUAUUGUGAAAGAUAAAUUAGGUAAAUAUGAAGCUGCAGAUGUUAUAGCAGCAGGUAAACAUUGGGCUAAAAAAUCAUAUGUUGAUCCAGAGAGAAUUGCAGUUUGGGGUUGGUCAUAUGGUGGAUUUUUAACUUUAAAAACUUUGGAGAGUGAUUAUGAAGCACCAGUAUUUAAUUAUGGGGUUGCAAUUGCACCAGUUACAAAGUGGAGAUUAUACGAUUCCAUUUAUACAGAAAGAUACUUAAACACUCCACAAUCAAAUCCAGAAGGUUAUCAAAUAGGAUCAAUAAAUAAUAUAACAAAUUUCAAACAUGUUAAGAAAUUUUUCAUUGGUCAUGGUAGUGGAGAUGAUAAUGUUCAUAUUCAACAUUCUUUACAAUUAUUAGAUGAAUUUAAUUUAGAAGAAAUUGAAAAUUUUGAAUUUAUGAUAUUCCCUGAUCUGAAUCAUGGUAUGAAUUAUCAUAAUGGUAAUAAAGUUGUUUUUGAUAGAAUAUUAAAUUUUUUGAGAAGAGCUUUUAAUUGGGAAUUUGUAUAA